AUGGGGAUUCGUUUGCCAUCUAUCAUCUUUCAUGCCAAGCAAGCCCUCAAAUCGCAGCCUCUCGGCACUCGGAAUGCACAGCCGGAUGUCCCGAGGGGCCACGUGGCGGUUUACGUCGGGGAGGUCCAAAGGAAACGGUUUCUGAUCCCGGUCUCGUUCUUGAACCACCCUUCGUUCCGAGAGCUGCUGCGCCGAGCUGAGGAAGAGUAUGGCUUCGAGCAUCCGAUGGGUGGCCUCACGAUUCCAUGCAAAGAAGACGCCUUCAUUGAUCUCACUACUCAGUUGCAUGGAUUGUGA